AUGGUGACGGCUCCGUUAGAGCUCCGACUUCUACGCUGGGACUGCGAGAGCGAGUGCAAGUACCAGUGCAUGCGCGAUAUUCAAAUGCCUGGGGUGCCUCAAGUUCAGUACUACGGCAAAUGGCCCUUCAUCCGCGUUUUAGGCUUCCAGGAAAUCGCGUCCUCCGCCUUCUCCAUCCUCAACUUCCUAGCCACGCUCUACGGCCUCUACACCUUCCUGCGUCUCGUGUAUGUGAAGCUGCCGCGCAAGCCCAUGGGCAACAAGGGCCCGCUCUACGAGUACUCCACGCUCAUGGCCAUCUACGGGCUCUUCGCCCUCAACUCCUGGCUCUGGAGCGCCAUUUUCCAUGCCCGGGACGUCUGGGAGACACAGUCAGGGGAUUACACAUCAGCCAUCGCUCUCAUCGGCAUUUCGCUGCUCGUCUGCAUCAUCCGAAUCAGCAGCCUGAGGGAGGAGGCCACACGCGUCAUGGUGGCAGCGCCUGUGAUCGCCUUCACCACCACUCACAUAUUCUACAUGAACUUCUACACUUUCGACUUUGAUUGGAACAUCGUAGUGUGCACUUCCAUGGGAGUCACACAGCUGCUGCUCUGGACCAUCUGGGCCAUUGCCAGCCGGCACCCGUCCGCCUGGAAGGUUCUCUUUGUGUCGGGCGGCACGGCCUUUUCCUUACUGCUUGAGCUCUACGAUUUCCCGCCGAUUUUGGGCCUUUUUGACGCGCACUCACUGUGGCAUGCGGCAACAGUGCCGUUUACGCUGGUGUGGUGGAGUUUUCUGUGUGACGACGCGAGUUACCGCACGGAGAUCCUGCUCGCGAUGAAGAGGGCAGGGGUAGAAUCGAAGAAGGUGAGAUAG